AUGUCUAAAACGCGUGUACAGGAGGAUGAUGGGACAUGCACAAAAAGUAAUCCGCUAAAGAUAACCUUACCCACCGUCCUCUGCACCGCGGAAUCGAUUUCCGAUAAACCUGAUGUUCCUAAAACCACUGUUUUACCGCCAUCCGAGUCAAAGUUAUCGCUCCCUUCGAAUCUAGGGACGCCGACCUCCCCGUUGCGAUUAUCAUCCCCUCUAUCCCUACCGAAUUCCCCCACCCCUUUUAUCAAAACGUCACCUCAAACGAACUCGGUCGAAAAACAGCAGUCUGCUAACAUGGAAACUGGCUCUGCAACUGGAAAUCCACGAAAUAAAUGCGCUCUUCAACCCGGCCACAGUCUUAUGGAUUGGAUCCGACUCGGCAACUCCGGCAAAGACUUGACUGGCGUUGGUGGUCGAAUAAGACCCGUUCACCCCACUGAGCUUGCAACUCAUAAUACGAAAAAUGACGCCUGGUUAGCCAUACGUGGUAGAGUUUACAACAUCACACAUUAUUUACCAUAUCAUCCCGGAGGUCCUGAAGAAUUGAUGCGUGGAGCUGGUACGGAUGCGACUGAAUUAUUUGACAAAAUACACCCGUGGGUAAAUUAUGACUCCCUUUUGGCCAAAUGUCUUGUGGGUCCUCUUCGUUUCGACAGACCGGACGCGGAGGAGCUAUUCAAUUCCAUCAAUUCCUUCCCAAAAUCCGAACGUCUCCGGGAACCGUCUAAAGCUCAGGAGCUUGUGAGAAAAUCGAUGGAGAAUCUAGCCAACUGUAUAACUCCCGUGAAGAAGAAGAUCACGAAUAAAAGCGAAGAAAACGCGAAGGGCAGUCCGCCCAGUAAAAUAAUGCAAAGUUUGAUACACUCAAGUGAAUUGCCCGUUUCAAUAAGCCGGAGGGCGGCGUCCAGCCCAGUGAGAACGGAUAAAAGGAAUGGAGAUUCGCCUACGUCUGUUCGCUUCGACUGGAUACAGACAUCUACGAAGCUGACGAUAUCCGUCUACACAGGCUUUUUGGCAAAUCCCGGUGGGUGCGCUAGGCUAACUGAUGGACAUCUGUUCAUUGACGUGGUUACGGACGAUUGGUUAAGUACAAUUAAGUUAGUACCCGAAAGUGCGCUACAAGAACCACUCAAAUUGCGCGUCUUCGCCGAAAGUGGGAAGUUGGAAGUAAUCGCACAAAAAGCAGAAAUGAAAGUUUGGAAAAGUUGCGGUGAAACUACUCUAAGUCCCGCCACAAAAAUGACGACCCCUCGGGCAGUUGAAUGUCGAAUAGAGGGAAUCAGUCCUGUAUCGCACGACACUAUGCUGCUGGCACUAACACCUAGCACCGGGCCAGUUGUGGUGCCUUUAGGCCAUCACGUACGGGUGCAUCAGUCACUAGCGGGUACGGAAUGUAUACGGUCAUAUACCCCUGUCGGUGACAACUGGGGCUCCAGCGAUGUAUGUGCACCGCUAAAGCUGGCUAUUAAGCGAUACGAGCUAGGUGUUUUAUCGCCAAUGCUAACAUCUUUGAAGACAGGCGAUCGCAUCACGGUGUCUGGGCCUUACGGAAACUUUCAACUUAAGAAGCUUAAAUCUGUACGAACAAUGUACCUGCUAGCAGCAGGCACCGGUAUCACUCCAAUGCUGGGCUUAUUGAAGUUUAUGCUUUCAAGAUCUAAUCCACGAUGUGAAAGCAUAAUUUUGCUAUUCUUCAACAAAACUGAGGGCGACAUUUUGUUUCGAAGGAAUUUCGAAGAAAUAAUAAAUCAAGAUGACAGGCUUAGAGUCGAGCACAUUCUCUCGAACGGCAGUACAAGUUGGUCCGGUCGCAGGGGGCGGAUUAGCGGGGAGCUUUUAUCCGAACUACUCGGUGACUCACUUAGUUCCGACGACGACACACUGUUCGCUUGUCUUUGCGGUCCAACAGAAUUCACGUACAGCGGCGUCGAUAUGUUAAAAAAACUGGGCAUGAGCGAGAACCACGUGCACGCUUUUAUUGGA